UCCCGACUCAAGUUCGGCUUAUUCCAAGUGCGCUGGAGACAGUACAUUUUACGUCUUUCUUCUUAGUUUCGUCUUGGCUUCUUCUUGGCUUCAUCACAGCUUUCUCUUAGUUUCUUCUUAGCUUCUUCUUGGCUUCUUUUUGGUUUCAUCACGGCUUCAUCUUAGUUUCUUCUUAGCUUCUUCUUAGCUUCUUCUUGGUUUCAUCACGGCUUCAUCUUAGUUUCUUCUUAGCUUCUUCUUAGCUUCUUCUUUGUUUCAUCAUGGCUUCAUUUCGGCUUCUUCUUGUUUACGUCUUGGCUUCGUCACGGUUUCUUCUUGGCUUCGUCUUGACUUUUUGUUGGCUUUGUCACGGCUUUGUCUUGGCUUCUUCUCCGUUUCUCGCUCAUGUUUCUGUCCCCCUAGUGUCAUGACCUGCUCGUACUAUCCUCCUGUGUGCCACACCCCCUCAUUAACAUUGUGUGGAAUGCCUACGUUCACCACCUGUUCCACGUUUCCUGCCAUCAGUCUUAUGUAUUUAGUCUGUGUUCAAGUCUGUUUCCCUAGGUCUGUCAUUGACGUAUGUCGGAUGUGUUUCCCCAUUUCCCCUAAAUAAACCCUGAUGGAACACCGCCUACCUGACUCUGAUUCCCCAAUCCCUGCCUGCUUGCCUGACACGGAUCACUACAUAAUGACAGACCUCAAAGAAGACUCACCUCAGGGAGACAACGCCUCGGCCUUCUCCAAGAGGUGAUAUAUUGGCUGAAGCAGCCUGAAGUUUGGGAAGAUCCCGUGUCACUGGAGCUAGCCAGUCGGAGCAGGAAUCUCCUCAGCGGGAUGCCUAUGUCCGGGAAAACCUCCGGCAGCUGGUGCAGCGCAUUACGGAGAGAAGGUUCCAACCAGUUGCACUGCACAGGGUGGAAGUUGCCAACUUGCCGUCUCUGCUGACUGCCCCACGCCAAAUGAGAAAGAAGAAGCAUAAGGAGAAGAGACCAGCAGAAACUACGACAAAUGUCCUGGGUACUUGCUCUCUCUCGGGAAAUGACCCUGGACAUCACCACCGCUUUGCCCCGGCAAGUAUUAAAAGCCCGCCUAGUUGCCGCAGAGCAGCCGCCACUAGCGGCUUAUUACUUCCGUGUGGCACGCCUGGUGCCGUGUGGGAUGCUAUCCCACGGGUUGCGGGGGUUUUUAAAGGGAUCCCUCCGGCACCCGUGCACGGUCUGCCCAUCCUGCCCGUGCCCGGUCUGCCCAUCCUGCCCGUGCCCGGUCUGCCCAUCCUGCCCAUGCCUGGUCUGCCCAUCCUGCCCAUCCUGCCCAUGCCUGGUCUGCCUGUGCCCAUUCUGCCCAUCGUGCCUGACCUGCCGCCCACAGAGGCCCCUGUAGUGCCCCUCUGUGGUUCCUGCAGCAAUGCCGCCUUGCGGGGCUCCAGUCCCGGCAGCUAACGAGUCGCCCAUGGCUCCACCUGAGGCCCCUGCUGCGGCUGCUGCUGCACUGCCCGAGGAUCCAGCUACGACACCGCCUCCGCCUGCUGCUCCACCCGAGGUCCCUCUGCCUCCGCCCACAGCUCCUGCUGCCACGCCCGAGGCCCCGACUCCGCCCGCGGCUCCUCCUGCUCCGCCCGAGGUCCCGGUGCCGCCUCCGCCUAAGGUCCCUGCGCUGCUUCCGCCUCCUGCUCUGCCCGAGGUCCUGGCGCCUCCUCCGCCUUCUGCUCCACCCGUGGUCCCCUCACCGUCCGUGUCUCACGCUCUGGCUCAGGCUCAGGAUCUUCCCGCACCUGAGGACCUGACCCAGGCUUCGCCCAUCCCAUGGCCCCUGUCCCCGAGGAGGUCCCUGACUGCUGGACCAUUGCUCCUCCUCCCUUAGUGGAGAAGGAGGAGGAGCUUGAAUGGAACCCCUCAGGGAUCUCUCUGAUAUCCUCAAUGACUCCCCCUAUGACACUUCCUCCACAGCAGGGUGGAUCCUGGUUUGGUCCUCGACUUUCAGUGUCCCGUAAGGGGAAGGGACACAGACACGCCCGCCCUGCCCCCUGGCUCGCCCUUGCGCGCCUUAGCUCCUACUUGGCGGUCGCCUACGGGUCCCCUUCGGACUCCCCGGCAACCGUCCUCGGUCCCACCUCUGACACCUCUGUCGUGGUUUCUGCCCUUGUGUCUGUUUUGUGUUUCGGUCCCGUUCCUUGUGCCCCGGUAACUUGUUUUCCAGGUUCAUCUUGUUCCCGGUCUCGUCCGUUGCCUGGGUGGGGGGGGUUCUGUCAUGACCUGUUCGUACAAUCUUCCCGUGUGCCAUGCCCCCUCAUUAACCCCGUGUGGAAUCCCUACGUUCACCAGCUGUUCCGCGUUUCCUGCCAUAAGUCUUAUGUAUUUAGUCCGCGUUCAAGUCUGUUUGUCAUUGAUGUGUGUCCAAUGUGUUUCCCUGUUUGCCCCAAAUAAACCCCUGUGUAAUGGA